AUGCCUCCGUUUACUGAAAAUAAAGGAAGAGUGGUGAGUUAUUAUUUGUCAUUAUGUAGCAUAUACCAAAAAUAAUUUCUCAUUAAAAUGUUUUCCCUAGGCUCCCCGAAAAGUGCUCAUUGAUCAAUCGAAACAACAACAAAUCAGUUUGAUUUCGGGAUUUCGGGGAGUUGCACGACAUUUGAAAAGUUUGCUGAAUGUUGAAAUGUGAGUACUGUAGAUGUUUUGAGACCUGGUUUUAUCUUCUUUUUUUGCAGAAAUACGGAAACUUUGAAUUUGAGCGCUUUGGAAGAUGUGCGAAUGCUUAUUAUUCCGCAGCCAAAAACAACUUUUGGACCUGGAGAGGUUUUCGAUUUUCAUUUUCAGAUGAAAAAUUGGAAUUUGUGAAUUCAAAACAAUUAUAAUUUUUCUAGAUUGAGACAAUUUGGAAAUUUGUCGAGGAAGGUGGAAGUUUGAUGAUUUUAUCAGGAGAAAAUGGAGAGAAAUCGACGUUGAAUGAUUUGUUGACUAAAUAUGGCAUCACUUUGAAUAAAGGUAGGGAGUUUUUGGAGAAAUGAGCUAUGAAGUGGCAAUUUGAACAUUUUUAGUUCGAUUGAAACUGAUUUUGGAUGAAUAAAAUUAACAAAAAUUAACCUCUUUAUAAAAUCCCGUAGGUAUGAAUUCUGAUUAGAAAUUUUUUCGCACAUUUUUCACCAUUUUUUUCACAUUUCUUCAGAAUUUUUAGUUACAAAAUUUCGAAUCUUCAACCCUGAAUUUUUCUAUCCACAAACACAGGCAAUAACGGAAGGAUCCAUAAUGUGCACCUUAUGGAUCCAUCACCUCGAGGGGGCUUGAUGGAUCCAUAAUGGAUCCAUAAUGGAACCAUUAUGGAUCCAGUAUGGAUCUAUUAUGGACACAGGCAAUAACGGAAGGAUCCAUAAUGGAUCCAUAAUGGAUCCAUCAAGCCCCCUUGAGGUGAUGGAUCCAUAAGGUGCACAUUAUGGAUCCUUCCGUUAUUGCCUGUGAAAAUCAAAAUAAUUUUUCCAGACGCAGUAAUCCGUACAGUAUUCUAUAAAUAUUUUGAUCCAAAAGAGGCUUUGAUAACAAACGGAAUUGUGAAUCGAUCAAUUGCAUCAGCUGCCAAGAAAAAUGUGAGCCUUGAUCAAAAUGCAAAUUCACAGUAAGAUUUUUUUUGUUGGAACAAUUGGAAUUUCAAAAAAAAAUCAUCAACAUUUUUUUAACCAUUUUAUUUUCAGAACCCUCUCUUUCGUUUAUCCCUUCGGUUGCACUUUAAAUGUAAAUAAAUCCAACUCAACAAUCGUAAUGUCUUCUGGAGCUGCGUGUUUUCCCGCUGCGAGACCAAUUGUUGCAUUUCAUGAAACUAAAUUGAAUGAAAACGUGAGUUUUUCUGACAUCUUAUAUAUUUUUUUCAAAAUCAUUAUUUCAGAAAACUCGCGGUCGUGUUUGUGUUGUUGGAUCAGUUUCAAUGUUUCAUGACGCAUAUAUCGAUAAAGAGGAAAAUGGAAAGAUUUUUGUGAGUUUUUGAACUUUAGGAGUAAUAAUUAUGAGUUAUUUUCUAGGACGUGUUGAUUGAAUAUUUGAUGAAUGGAUUUGAAUUGAAUUCAAUUGAUGCGGCUGAACCGGAAAUCAAUGAUUAUAUUAAUAUUCCAGAUCAUGUUCAUAUGUCAAAUCAAUUGAAGGUGAGUUCAAAUGAGCUUGAAUUCAACAUUUAGAAAAAACACCAAAAAACUACAGUAAUCCUAACAAAUGUUGGAAAAUUUGGUAUUGAUACUUCUCUUAACUCUUCACUUCAUAAGAAGAAAAUUACAGUAAUUUUUUAAUUUCCUUUGGGAAAUUAAUAUAUUCAUUAAUAUAUUCGAUUAAUAUAUUCGGUAUAUUCAAUAUCUUCCUGAACGACUGGAAUAAUGUUUUUCAAAUAUUCCCAUAUUCAAUUUUCAGAAAAUCUAAAAACAUAAUAUAUUUUGCAGGUGUGUUUAUACGAAGGUGAAUUGGAUUCGGCAAUUUCGACAGAUUUUAUGAAAAUCCUUGAUACUUCUCUUCACUCUUUCAGUUUGAAACAUUGGCCAGCAACUCUCAAGUAACUCUUUUUUCAGUUUUCAAUGUUUCUCACAACUUUUUUCAUUUUCAGACUCUACGAUGCUCUUCAUCUUUCUCCGCCUCCUCUUACAUUAGUCGAACCACAAUUCGAACUUCCUUUACCACCUUUGGAACCUGCAGUUUUCCCACCAAAUUUUCAUGAAUUACCACCUCCCGAACUUGAAUUAUUCGAUUUGGAUGAAUUAUUCAGUUCUGCAGAAUCGAGAUUAUCUCAAUUGGCAAAUAAAUGUGAUGAAUCUGAUGUUGAUUAUUUUAUUUUGGAAGCAAGUGUUAUAACAGGAAUACAUAAUGAUUUGCCAGUUGAUCAACGAAAAAAUCCGAAGAAAAUUCUAGAAACUGUCAUGUAUAAAUUGCUCUUAUUCAAAAGAUCACUUUUAGAAGAUCAAAAUGAAUUGGAAGUUGCUGGAAUGUAUGAUGUUAAUGACAAUUAUCCAAAUCCAAUGGAUUCGCCGAGAGAUUAUUAUAAUCAAAAUCCAGAAGAUGAAGGUGCACUAUUUUCGGAUAUUGAUGAAUUCGAUGAUCUUUAA